UAAACAUGAUAAGCUUUUUUUUGCGUUUACUAUUGGAUGAAUGAAUACUGUUGCCACUAAUAAAACAAAUCCUAAUACUAAGGCUUGACUUACGAUUCACCUCAGAAAUGAGAAAGGAAAUCAAUGAAUAGAUAAACUUUUGUGAAUUUUGAAUUCCAAAUAAGCUUCAGAGCAUUGGCUUAGAAUCUUCCGCCUCGUUUGUCACUCUAGUGAGAAAUAUUGAGAUAGAAAUAACCAGUUUUAACUUGGUAUCUAUAUACUUCAUACUUUCAUAUUUUAAACUAUAAUCAUGAAGUCUACCGCUUCGAAAAAUUCCGCCCUGUACAAUCAGCAACAGAUCACGGUCUUUCGACCAAAAAGUUUUGCUUGACACCACCGCCCACAAAAUUACUGGUUUCAUGAUCAAACUUUUCUAAAUAAAUGGAUGAGUUGCAUUAACUAUAACUGAUAGUUAGUAUGUUAAGUCAGUUGCAUCUCUUACGAUGGGACAAUUCGACGACUUCAUUCCGAGUCAACGGGCCGCAUUUUGGAUUUGGAAAAUAUACGGAAUAUGGGCUACCGAAGACGAAAGCCCUUUCUACAGAACAUACCGUCGAGUUUAUCAUUUUCUAUUCACCGGAGUUUAUCUGUUCUCAAUGUUCAUCAGUUCUUUUUUCACGGAGAAUUCCGAAGAACUCUGGGGCGAGAUACUGUUUAUUCUACCUACGGAGCUGGCCAUGCUGACCAAAAACGUUAUCACCGUGAACAAAUUUGAAACCAUCUACGCACUGCACAGGACCUCGAUCUCCAAGGAGUUUCAACCGACGUGUCCCAAACAUGGAAAGGAAUACUAUCUGUAUUUCGAUCGAUUUAGCAAACUCAUGCUGAUGUACUUCUUCGUCAGUAUUUGUGCCGCCACGAGCCAUUUCGGAUUUCUUUUCGAUGACAGACUCAAGUUACCAUUUUUCAAUUGGUUCUUUUGGGUCCCGCUGGACAGGGACCAUUUGAACAAUUACUACCUUCUGUUUGCCUACCAGAUGAUCGGCAUGAUUGGACACUGCUGUUUGAACGUGUCUGGUGAUAUGAACAUCGCUUAUCUACUGUCGAUAGCUGGACAGCAGUUGGAUUUACUGAGCUGUAAAUUUGCCUGCCUGCCAGUUCCACGAGCCGGAACCAACGCUGAAAAGGACAACUACAGAAGGAAGUUUGUGGCGCAAAUUCAGCAAUAUAAUCGAAUCUAUGAAUUUGCAAGGGACAUAGAGAAGGCAGUUUCAUGGGGUGUUUUCGCGCAGAUUUGUGCCAGUGGAAUCACCAUUUGUGCCAUAGUAUUUCGUCUGUCGUCGAUAAGCAUCAUCGAUCAUCUGGGCACCUCGAUUCCGAUGUUCUUCUACAUGGUGUCAAUGCUGACGCAAAUUUUCAUGCCGUGCUACUUCGGGAACGACAUCACCCUCAAAAGCCAAACGCUGACCAAUGCACUGUACACCUCGGAGUGGUACCAGUUGGCGAUGGAAGACCGCAAGGAUCUGAAAAUGAUGAUGCUUCGUACCGGGGAAUCGAUUCGGUUGAAAGCUGGAGGGUUCUUCAAUUUCAAUCUGGAUGCUUUUACAUCGACGCUGAACACGGCUUAUUCGGUUUAUGCUGUUCUGAACAGUCAAGAAAAGAACAAGUAG